AAUUCUAGAUAGAGUAUUGUCGUGUUAAGAGCAAUUGAGGCAUAAGCAAGAAGUGGUAAGCUCGAAUAACGAUCAAUAAGUGUUAAGUUGUUGGAAUUAGAAAUAAAGAUAAGUGUAUAGUCAUUAAAUUGGGACUUUUAUUUAACAAUCCAGUAUCGAACUCAAGAGUGAGUUUACGAAGUAGACGAUUGAUCGAGAAAUCCGUCACAAUAUUAUAUUAGUAUUUGAACUUGAAACUCGUCAUCUAAUCUUAAAAUCGAAAGUCAAUAAUCGGUUCUUGAUCGAUUUCGGAAGGUAAAGGUUGACUCUGAAAAAUUGGUUAUUUUAUUAGAGAAAUCGAUUCUCGAAUAGAAUCUCAAUCUAGUUUGCCAUCUCUAAAUUAUAAAUUGAUGAAUAUAUUUUGGUACAUAAUCUUGCAAUUAUUAUUUUACCAGUUUCCAAUAUUUUGCUAUUAAAUAUAUACUAAAUAUAAAUAAACUUAAAUUAUGACAUCCCAAAUAAACUAUCCAACAGUUAGGAAGAGGCCGCCGAUUGGCAAUGAAUCGGAUGAUGAUAUGUAUACAAAUGAAGAACAUAGUAAUAGUUCAGAAUUAGUAAACACAAGCAAUGAACUAUUAUUACAAAAACUUGAUAGACCGGAAAGUUACAAGCUACAUGAUAGAAAAAGCAAAGCCAUGGAAAAGCAAAGCUCUAACAACAAAUGUAUAACAGCCUCGUUAAUCAUAGUUAUUCUAUUAGUUGUUGCUAUGUGGUAUCUAUAUGCAAGUGACAGGAGUGAAAAGGGAUGUUCAUUUGAAACGUUGCGACAAAAAUAUAAAGAUCAGCAUUCCAAAAUGUGGCCUAUUCUUUCCAGUGGUGUAGAAAAUAUUUUAAGAGGCCACACCAAAAAUUCAGGUGUAUAUCUUUUUUUACACAAUGAUAGCAGUGAAUUUAAAAGCAUCGUUGGGGAAAUUGCGACACAGACAUCCCGCUGUUUUGGUGGUCAAUUAAUUGAAAUGAGCGAAAAUGAUUUCACAUCGCCGAAAGUAAUGGAAGACUAUGGGCAUGCUAUAACAAAGUUUAAAGAAAAAAUUCGGAACGGGCGCGUUGCUCUUAUCGUUAAUUUGAACACCAUACCCGCAGGAUCAGCUCGCGCUUUACAAUUUAUAUGUGAUACACAUAAUCCGGUGGCUAAAGAUAUAGUUAUUUAUCUGACUUUAGUUAUACCGUCCACAAUUGGAAAUGAAGUAAACAUUGCACGAGACACUUUAACUAAACUCUGGGGUUCAAAACUAGAGGAUUACGAGCUUGAGCCCAUAAUAACUCGGGUCACGGAUCAAGUCAUACCAUUAAAUUAGUUUGAUUAACCCAUUGAAAAAAAAACAUUCGACUUGGCAGGGGCUAAAUAACUGACAUCCUAAUAUACAUAUGUACUUAAAUUCCUAAUUUUCAGAAGCAAAACAUGUAUGUACAUGAAAGCUAAAAGUAUUUAUAUUUUCACCCAACGUUCUAUUAAAAUUAUCAUAAUAAAAAAACCAUUUAAAAAUGUAAGUUUCUAAUAAGAUUUAUUUAGGAUUUUACAAUUUUUUUUUUCUAUUUUUUUCCAAAAACAAAUGAAUUACAUAUGUAUGUAUGCGAUUUUAUGCUUCCUUUGGACAUUUAGUGUAUAAUUAUGAUUCAGGAGUAUGUAAGAACACUGCGAAAAAUGUAAGGUUACGAUCUAUUGAACCGUUCGAAGAUGAAAACUUUUCAAAAAUUUAUGAUAAUAUCAAAUCAAUAUAUUACAUUGUUGUAUAAUUUGCCUCAAUGGUUAGGUAAGUAGGUGUUGCUUUAAUCUAUGGUAAGCGCAAUAAAAUGUAUAACAAUAUUUUGUAAAUAAAUGAUGAGCACAAAUAAAAAUGGAUAGAAUUUAAUAAAA